AUGUUUAGCUGGAACAUGUUCGUUGUGUCGGCGGUGGUUGUGUUGAUGGGUGUUUGCCAAUGCGCCAGCGGUCGCGGCAGGGGACACCACCGAGUCGAUGGCAGACACGUCCGAAACAUAGAUUCCAACGGAAUAUCCGUUCUUGGAGGCGACUUUAAUCACGAUUCCGCCUUCCCACGAUUCGCCGAACCCAUCCCCAACGUCACCGUCACCGUGGGCAGGGACGCCCUCCUCGCCUGCGUCGUCGAAAACCUCAGAGGCUUCAAGGUGGCCUGGGUGCGCGUUGAUACCCAAACGAUUUUAUCGAUUCACCACAACGUUAUCACCCAGAAUCCCAGGAUAUCAUUGUCCUACAACGAUCACAGGUCCUGGUAUUUGCACAUCAAAAACGUGCAAGAGGUCGACAGGGGCUGGUACAUGUGCCAAGUCAAUACAGAUCCUAUGAGGUCCAGGCAAGGAUACCUGCAAGUCGUCGUGCCUCCGAGCAUAAUCGACAAGGAAACGAGUUCCGAUAUGGUGGUACUGGAAUCGACGAACGUCAGCCUGACGUGCAAAGCGACCGGUUAUCCGGAACCCUACGUGAUGUGGCGCCGAGAAGACGGCGAGGACAUUAAAUACAACGGAGAGAACGUGAACGUGGUUGAUGGUGAAAUAUUAUUCAUAACGAAAGUCAGUCGACUGCAUAUGGCAGUUUACUUGUGCAUCGCCUCGAACGGAGUGCCGCCUUCCAUCAGCAAACGAGUGCAGUUAAAAGUGCAAUUUCCUCCGAUGCUAUCGAUUCCCAACCAAUUGGAGGGAGCUUACGUCGGACAGGAUGUGACCCUCGAAUGCCGGACGGAAGCGUUUCCAACUUCGAUCAACUACUGGACGACGGAAAGGGGCGAUAUGAUUAUCUCAGGUAGUGAUAAAUACGAGGCGGUGUCGAUGGAUAACGGUUACAAGAAGUACAUGAUGUUGAAGAUAAGAAGAGUGAACAAAUCGGAUUUCGGUUCGUACAGGUGCGUGGCGAAGAAUUCCCUGGGCGAGACCGACGGAGUGAUAAAACUGGAAGAAAUUCCCGCUCCGACCACCACCAGAACCACCACGCAUUUGGCUACGCCCGUUGCGAAAAAAGGUGGGCCUAGGGGCGGCUCGAAAGGGGGCGACAAUAGAGCCAACGCCGUCGGCGCCGAAGAUACACGGAUAUCUGAAUACGACUACGAGGGCGAGUACACGCUGCCGUCGAACGGCCCGCCGCCCAUCCGGGAGCCCCCGGGCGCCUUCAGCGCGGCGAGCCGGAGCGCCGGCUUCGGCGUCGGGCGCUUCGUCGUCGCCUUGCUCUUUUUGCGGUCGUUCUUCCAGAACGGGACGUCGAGGGCGGCCGCCGCCGCCGCCGCCGGGCCGAGGUGA